AUGAUGUCGUACAUAGUGCAAUUACAGCUUAAGCUUGCAUACCUCACUCAUCUCACCCGUUCCCUCACGUACUUAUCUACUUGCAGUUUCCGGUCGUUCGCGACGCGUCGAUCAUUCCGUUACAGCGAUAUCAUCAUGAAUUCCGAUUUUUGCACCAGCCGGACUACCCCAAUUCUCGAACUUCGACGACUGUCAUGUAGAACAGAGCAAGGCAUCGACAUUUUUGAAGAUUGCGAUCUCGUUGUAAACGACGGCGACGUCGUUAUCCUUCAAGGGAAAAGCGGGUCGGGCAAAACAACACUUCUAAAAUGCAUCGCCCACCUAAAUUUGUACGAAGGGGAGGCGCUACUACAUGGAAAGACGCCAAGAUCCUAUGGCGUGCCCUCUUACCGAAUAAAGGUCGCUUAUAUUCCCCAACGUCCCUCUAUUCUGCCUGGUACACCACGGGAUUUUCUGACCACAGCAAAAGCAUUCAAGGCACGGAGGAAAUCGGACGGAAAUGGAAAUGUCAACAACGUCACGGAGAUUGGGAACCCCAUCGAAGUAGCUCAAGCUUUUGGCGUCGAUGAAAACCUUUGGGACGAAAACUGGUCGCAUCUGAGUGGAGGGGAAAGUCAGAGGAUUGCGUUGAGUGUCGGGAUUGGAUUGGAGACGGCAGAGGUCUUGUUAUUGGAUGAACCAACCUCUGCUCUCGACGCCGAAUCUACAUCUCGAGUCGAAAAAUACCUUUUGAACAUGAUCCAUAGCGCCGAGACCGAUCUGAAGGCUAUCAUAUGGAUAACACAUUCCGAAGAGCAGGCCCAAAGGGUUGGAACGAGGUUUGUACAUAUCGUCGAGGGGAAGUUAGUUGAGGAUAGUACCGUACACGUGGAAGAAGGUUUCGAGCUCGGUGCGUUGACAUUUCAGAUACGAGUUUGCGUGCAUUCGUAA